AUGAAAUUUGAAUCAGAGAAAAAAGCUUGUGAGUUUUAUGAAACAUAUGCAGAAUAUCAUGGGGUUGCUGUAAGAAGAGAUGAGAUUGACCGUGAUUUCAAAAAAAAUAUUAUUAUGCGCCAAUUAGUUUGUAAUAGAGAGGGGAAAAGACAUAAGAAACAUAUGUUAAGGGUUGAUCGACAUAGGGGGCCAAGGCCAAUCACUCGAACAGGUUGUCUUGCUCGGUUGUGUGUGGCAUAUGAUGUAGUGACUAGAAGUUGGAGAGUUGUUGCAUUUGAAUCCGCUCAUAAUCAUAAGUUAACUCCACAUCGGUUUGUUCAUUUUAUUCCUAAGUAUCGUCGACUGAGUGAAGCUGAUAAAGCGCUUGUUGAUGGCUUGCAUACAUGUGGUGUUAGAACAUGUCAUAUUUUGGGUUUUAUGUCGUCUUCACUGCAAGUUCAUUAA